AUGGAUUCAGCUGCUGUUGUUCUUCCCAAUGAAGUCAUUAAUGCGUUGAACGCGACCACUCUGGAUCCACUGACAAACACGACUGCACAGCCAGAAGCACCUAAUUGUACUAAGGCCGUUCUAAAUGCCGUUAUUCCAAUUAUUUGUGUACUGGUAUUCAUGGGAACAGUUGUGAUCACCUAUUUUAUCGACGAUCCGGGUCUAAAGAAACUGAAAAGAUCCACAGAAAAGGUCGAAGUGAGCACCAUUCCGGAGGCCGAUCGGAACUACAUAAAUUAUCUGGCUGAGCAUAAAAUGGCUGAUCACGUGAAAGGUCACACGUUCUCGUCAUUCUCUCCCGGCUACACUCCGUACACGCUAGCGAUUGAAAACGAUCGAAGACAUCUACGACGUCGCGCGUGUUCCGAAUCGCAUACGGGUCGACGCAUGAGUGAUGCCAGUUCGGAAACACAGGUUAUACUAGAACACAUGCUUUUGACUAUCGGUUCUGGCAGCACGUAUACUUCACUACGCAACCGGGCCGGAUUCCACGUGCCAUUUAUCCAUCGUCGAAACAAAGACGAAACGAAACCCACAGAUCAUCCGGGUAAAGGCACGCGGAAUGAAGAGACCGACGUGGAUCAUGAGCAGGGAGAACCGAAAGAAGAAAACAGCACGCAACACAAUGAAUCCUAA